UUGCUGAGAACAGUAAGCUGCCCGAGCAGAAAGGGACCUCUGAGUUCAACUUAUCCAACUCCUUGGUUUUAUAAAUGAGGAAACAGAAGCUCAGAGCAGCGGCGAUGGCUUGCCCAACCUCACACUGCUGCUCGGUGGCUGACUGGCAGCUAGAGCUCAGAUCAAAAAAAGGUGGGGGGGGGGACUGUGUUUUUAAGGCUCUAAAGAGAUAUUCCCUCAGAAGAAAAGAGACAGAUACCACAGAAAGAACUGACUGAGGUAAACCACCACUAGAGGCUCAGAGAAUGGAGACACAAGAGUGGGCUGGCAAGGUGUCUGAGAGGCCAGUAAAGCCUCGCAGGGUCAACUAGUAUAUCUUCCAGACCUGCGCCUGCUAUCGAUCAGGUUGGGUCCCAAUUUCUGAAUGGACCUUAUAGGAUCUUUGUGAAAAUCAAUCUCAAACUAAUGCUUGUAAAACAUCAGCACAGUUCUUGACAGUGCUUAAUAAGUCUUUGCUAUGAUUGUUAUAUUACCUUAGGAACCCUGGAAGCCUGGCUGUGUGGGUUGGGGUAUGGCCGAGAUGACCCUACAGGGACAUAGGACAGAGGUCCAGUGUCUCCAGAGACCAUUCCUCCUCUGCUGCCUCCAGCUGAUAAACCUCUUAUCAGGCCCAAGCAGGGGAGCCCAGAGUCAGGAUAGGAGGAGAAGGCAGAGCUGGUAUCAGCCACCAGGCCUGGGCCAUAUCUCAGAGAAGGGGAGGGGCUGUCUGCUUUGCUCUUCCCACAACAUGCUCCUUGGGGAUCCCCAAGCACUCAUUCUCAACCUUGGAAGAUGAGACAGAGGAGGAAAACUGAGGACAGAGGAGGAAAGCAGGAGUGAUCCCUGAUGUUGCCCCAGAAAAUGGGGAAAAAAACCCCCAGAAGAUGUGACUUCUGCCCUGGCCAGUGAUACAGUUUGGGGGAGUAAGAAGAAGGGGAAAGGGAAGGCAUCUCGUCUGAAAAAGAAGGUAAGGACCCACUGCGCUCCCAAAGGACCUGACCACAGCCAUAGCAGGUGAGGUGGAGCUCACACUGCAGAGAAAGCCUUUGCAGCUUAAGGAGUCGGUUGAUGAGGACAACAUAAUUCGGGGGAUGAGGCCUCUCCUUCUCUCAGGUGAGGCUGCAGGGAGCUCUCCAUGGAGGCAGGACAAAGUUGCUGGCCCCUAGCAGGAGGAGCCUUAACCUAUAUCUCCUGGUUUUAUUAUUAUUAUUAUUAUUACUAUUAUUAUUUUUAACCUGUUUCUCCUUUGACACAGGUUUCUGGGGCCUUUUGUGCUUUGGGGAUCCUGGACCAGGCCCUGGCCCAGUAGGAUGCCCCCGUGUCCUCCCCAGCAGAGCAGGGACAGGGUGACACAGUUGCCCACUCCGGAGCUGGGCGAGAUGGAGCUGACUUGGCAAGAAAUUAUGUCCAUCACUGAGCUGCAGGGCCUAAAUGCUCCAAGUGAGCCAUCAUUUGAGCCCCCAGCCCCAGCCCCAUACCCUGGGCCCCCGCCACCCCCAACUUACUGCCCCUGCUCAAUCCACCCAGAUGCUGGCUUCCCCCUUCCUCCACCACCUUAUGAGCUUCCAGCACCCACAUCUCAUGUCCCAGACCCUUCAUACUCCUAUGGCAACAUGGCCAUACCAGUCUCCAAGGCACUGACCCUCUCAGGCCUGCUCAGUGAGCCCCUCCCAGAUCCCUUGGCUCUCCUGGACAUUGGGCUGCCAGCGGGGCCCCCCAAGCCCCAAGAAGACCCAGAAUCUGACUCAGGAUUAUCCCUCAACUAUAGUGACGCUGAAUCUCUUGAGCUGGAGGGGACAGAGGUUGGUCGGCGGCGCAGCGAGUAUGUAGAGAUGUACCCAGUGGAGUACCCCUAUUCACUUAUGCCCAACUCCUUGGCCCACCCCAACUAUGCCUUGCCACCUGCAGAGACCCCCUUAGAACCCUCCUCAGGCCCUGUGCGGGCCAAGUCCACUGCACGGGGGGAGGCGGGAAGUCGGGAUGAGCGUCGGGCCCUGGCCAUGAAGAUUCCCUUCCCGACGGACAAGAUUGUCAACUUGCCGGUAGAUGACUUUAAUGAGCUGUUGGCACGGUACCCACUGACGGAGAGCCAGCUGGCAUUAGUCCGGGACAUCCGACGGCGGGGCAAGAACAAGGUGGCCGCCCAGAACUGUCGCAAGAGAAAGUUGGAGACCAUUGUGCAGUUGGAGCGGGAACUGGAGCGGCUGGGCAGUGAGCGGGAACGGCUUCUCCGGGCCAGAGGGGAGGCUGACCGGACCCUGGAGGUCAUGCGCCAACAGCUGACAGAGCUGUACUGUGACAUUUUCCAGCACCUGCGGGAUGAAGCAGGCAACAGCUAUUCCCCUGAAGAGUAUGCUCUGCAACAGGAUGCUGAUGGGGCCAUCUUCCUGGUGCCCCGGGGUACCAAGAUGGAGGCCACAGACUAAGCUGGCCCGGAGGGGUGGGACUGGUGAUGGAGAUUUCCUUUAUUCCCUUCUGAUAAAGGUACUCCCCAGAAGAAGCUGGGUUCUCUAGACCAGAAGGGGACAAUGGGAAACCUGGCAUUUGGAGGGUCCAAGGUGUAUUCAGCAAGGCUUGCCUUGAGACAAGUGUAUGAGGGGAGGGCUGGAAUCUCUUUUCUGUGAUUCAGCUUCCUAGGUCUCCAACCUCCACCUCGUUUGAGCUUUGGUAUAUAAAGCGCUCUACACAAAUAGCCUUCCACUGUGUCUUCCUUCUCAAGAGAGGGUGAUGAAGCUGAGUACUGAGUUCAGUGCUUGUUAGUGGUGGGGAAGGAAUCCUGCCAAGCUCAUUUCUUUCUCCUGCAGCUCUGUAUGA